UGAUAAAUUAGCUACAGCCUACGGUAACCGUUGUGUAAUUAUUGGUUUUUCGAUAAGUAUUAUUCGUCCUUAUCGGAAAGUCACUGCAAUUUACGCUUAGCGCUAUAGCUGACAAUUGAGUGUCGUUCUGUACCUGUGUGUGUUACGCGAUGAGCCGCAACAGGAAUGAAUCGCGUGGCUUUUCUUAGAAGAAAAAUAUCGUGAAAAAAUGGAGCGAUUUCCUGAUUCCCGACCAGAAGCCGGCAAUGAUGGGUAUACCGCGGUUUCCAUUGCACAUAUCCCAUUUGGUCAAUUACGCAUACCUUUCUACCGAAGCAUUGCAGCCGUAAACGAGAAGGACGCCAUUGUGUUCUAUCACGGUCCUCUACUAAUCCUACAGCCACAUUCCUUGACAAGCCGGCACAACCCGUUUACCAGAAAGCAUGCUAUCAAUUUCACCGUCACCAUUUCGAACUCCGCUUUCAGGCAACAUGCAAAAACAGCACAAUCAAACCUAUUUAAAAUAAGCUCUUGCGAUAGCGACGUGCGAUCGAUGUUGAUCGAGCAAAUACAGGUGACCGCCAUCGAAGAGUCGCCGGUGUACCAAGUGGACAGUAGCUGGCAGUCAUUGCAGCCCGAUUCUGAUGCAGUAACCUUUCGUAUGAGCUGUGCGGAUCAGCUGGCCGGUGACGAACUCAUGCGCAACAUCAUGGCCUAUCCGGCUAUGUUUUUAGAAAAUUUUGUUGUGCGCUAUCGCGUCGCAACGCAGCAGAUCAGUCGAAAUACAUGUGAACUAACCGGCAAAAUCCACAUCUUUAAUGAGGAAGAAACACCGGCUGCAACUCUUGACCAAGCAAUCACCGAAACGCAAAAUUCCAACGCAGUAAAAAUCAGAAAUGAAUAUUUGGAUGAAAUUGUCUGCCAUGCGACAAAAUCUCGCAUUAACGGCAUGGAAAUCUACCGACCCAAAUUGGAACAGCUCUUUAUUGACAGCGAGGAUAAACUUCGUUUUGUCCGUUUUGGAAAAUCCGCGCCCCAGGAGACUCCGCCAAAGGUCAUCCUCGUGUUAGGAGCCUCGGGGGCGGGAAAGAGCACCCUUGUCGACUGUAUCUUUAACCAUGUUUUGGGUGUGCAAUGGGAUGACGACAUGCGGCUGAAGGUCACAAUUACGGAAGAUUCGGUCAGGUACACCACCGCGUACCAAACCGUCGUGCAGUACGGCAGUGCCGCUCCCUACAAUCUAAUUUUGGUCGAUGCUCCCGGAUUCGGCGACCCACGCGGCGUUGGGCAAGAUGCCGCUCUGCGAAUUCAGCUGCAGCAGCUUUUCGUUGGGGAUUACGACGGGGUGAAACAUGUCGACGGCAUUUGUAUAGUCGUGGAAGGCAACCAGUCACUGACAGCGGCCACGGACACGUAUAUCAUGGAUUGCAUUUUGUCCAUGUUCGGUCGCAAUGUGGAGUCAAACAUUUUUCUAUUCUCUACACAUACCCACAAUCAGGAGCCGCCAGCGGCUGUUUCUUUCAAGAAAAACUAUUUACCACUGUGUGAGUCAUUCGGGUUUAACAAUGGCGCUCUCUAUUCUAAGGAAGAAGAAACGUCCGAAAAGUCCGGCGAACUGUAUUGGAAAAUGGGAGCGACCAGUACUAAGCAGCUCAUUCAAGCAAUUCAAAAAUUAGGACCAGCCAGCAUGGAGGAGACUUUGGCAGUUCUGGAUGACCGAUUGGCUUUGGAAGCUGCCGUUGACGGUCUGAAAGACGCGAUUGAUGCUAAAAUGGAGAAACUGGGAAUUCCAGCACUACUGGAAACGAUGGACGCUUGCAGUAAACGAAUGGAAGAAAACGCCUGUUUCACCAAGGAGGUGGAGAUGCCGUAUACGAAACGGGUUACCUUACCAAAUGGUCAGUUUUCAAUGCACUGUAUCUCCUGCAACAAAGAGUGUUUCCGCACAUCUGAUCCCUAUCAUAACCGCGGUUCCUACUGCAAACGCUGUCCCCCUCUUUGUCCCUGGGACAAGCACGUUUCAUCCCCAUAUUACAUGGAGAAAGGUACCAAAAAGGUACCACAACUGCAGCCAGAAGUAAAACGUCGCUACGAAGCGGCAUUAGCGGAGAAAGAGCAGAUAAAGAAUACUAUCGACAGCACGCUGAAGGCGGCCGAUUUGGAUGUCGCCGGCGGCGAAAUUAACCGUUCCAUCUUGCAGUGCAGUGCGAUUUUGCAACGGCUAAAGGAGACAACUAUACGAGCAGGCAUUUUAGACAGCGGAGAAUACGUGGAGGCCUUAAUCCAGUCUGAAAAGGUGGAGAAGUGUUCCGGGUAUCUGCGGCGAACUGAGGCAUUAAUGGAAAUUAAGCCGCGCGCGAUAUUAACUGAAAUCUGUCGGAACGUUGUGCGGCACGGUGAACAGGCAAUGAAACUGGACACUCCCACAUGGAUUCGCAUCAUCGCCGCGGAACGACAGGGUCUGGAGGAGUACUUCCCGUACGAUGAGGAGCGAAAGGAAGAGGAGCGGAAAGCCGAACGCCAGCGGCGUGAAGAGGAGAUCCAGGAACAGCGCGAGCGUACCCGGGGAUUGCUUGAACGGCUGCAGCGAAAGCAUAAGGAGGAACAGCAGGAAAUUCAAGAGAAAAUGAAAAACGAACAGCGUGAAUACCAAGAAAAGCUGAAUUCCUAUUCGCAACGUAUCAGCGAGGCGAAGAAGCGCAUGCAGGAAAUACAGGACCAGAUGGAAAAGCCGAUUAAAGAUCGUGAACAAAAGCUGGCGUUUGUGAAUGGGUUAGGGCUCCCGAUUCGCGAGACAGAUAACGUGCUGCUGCUCGGCCCUAAAGGGAUGGGCAAAAGUACGUUCUUGUGGUUGCUCAACAAAGGCGAGAAGCCCACACGCACUAUGCACGACGGUACGAAGGAUCUCGUACAGGUGCCGGGUUUCACCGAUUCCAUUGGACUGCGGGCGUGGACCCCUGAAGAGCUGCUGAAACUCCUGACGCUUCUCAUUUAUGACGGAAUUCCUCGCGAUCUAAUCAUCUUUAGUAACGAGCGGAUCGAUCUGCCCGUGACAUCGUUGGGAUUGGUCGGUAUCAAUAAUCCGAUGUUUGUCGUCAUGUCUAGUGCGUUCUGGAGUAAUUACGGUCUGCGCGCUGACAAUCCGCGCAAGAUCAAUUUGAUACAGGAUGAGCGGGGCGUACGCCGUAUCCAGCCGGAAGAAAAUCUGGGAGCGGCCUACAACAUGGAGAUUUACCGCAUUAUCCGGGAAGAGGGCCUGGGCACGCCACUCACCCAUCAUGAUAAUCUGGAAGAUAUGGUGCAGCGCCGACACUCGAACGGCGUGCAGCCAUUCCAGUACUUCAUCGAUAAACUCAGGGAUCAGUUUACGGUUGAAAUGGAAAAUGAUUCGACUAUGGAAGCGCUUUUCCGGUUUGUCUACUUAUACGAAAAAGUGUACGAAAAAGACCGACUGAAGUUUAUGAAUAUGGCAACUCUGGAAGAGUUCCCGGUAUAGCGGUGACAUGUUUGUUUCUGCUGUUGAAUAAUUGUAAGGCAACACGAAGAAAAAUGGCUUUUGAUUUUUUGUUGGAAACUGGUGACUGUUGAAAGUGAGUGUCACGACGUGAAGGAGCGACCUGCUCUUUAUUUCAUCGUGAACUGAAUACAACAAUCAAAGGACAAUAACAACAACAAUAAUGAACCAACAUAAUCUCACGGCAAGUUGCCUGGGGCAUUAUGGAAAUCUCGUGACGCCAUACAUUACAAUGAGUCUGAGCUCAAGUUCAACA